AUGGCGUCCAAGCUGUCUGCCCACGGUUACAUCUCUUCGAACGACAGCAAGCUAUUCUAUGAGACUGAAGGAAACGCCGACGGGCCGGCAAUCUUGUUUAUUCAUGGGUUGGGCGGCACGACGAAUGCUUUCCAGCCUCUAAUCCCGGAGCUUCAGGGAUACAACAUUGUACGCUUUGAUUGGUCUGGUCAUGGCCGGAGUUCUACGCCCGCGACCACCAGCAUCGACUCUUAUGUGGGAGAUUGUCUAGCUGUGAUGGAAGAGUUGAAGUUAAAGAAAGUCAAUGUCGUCGGACAUUCAUUAGGCGGGCUCAUCGCUUUACAUCUCGCCGCAGAGGCCCCUGAUCAAGUCAAAAGUCUAGUCUUGUUCGGCCCAGUCAGUCCACCUCCCGAAGCUGGCCAGCAAGCACUGGGAGGCCGUGCCAAGGCCGUUCGAGAGAAUGGCAUGGUAGGGAUCGCCGACACCGUGGUCGGGAACGCUUUUGCUCCCGAGUCGUACCAGUCAAAGAGAGGCGAAGUAGCAUUAGCCCGCGAAAUGUUGACGAGGCAAGAUCCUGAAGGGUAUGCACUGGCUUGUGAGGCACUGGCCAAGAGCCAAGCUGCUUCUUGGGACCGCGUCAAGGCUUCGGUUGUGGUUGUGUCCGGGAACGAAGAUAAAGUCUCUACAGUUGCGGCUGGUGAGACGACGACCAAGAAUCUCGGGUCGAAUGCGAAGCAAACAGUCCUCGAAAGUGUGGGACAUUGGCACAUGCUUGAAGCCACUCAGAAGUCGAUCGAGAUCAUCAAGAACGCAUUCUCAUAG